AUGUCUAUGACUACCACAACCAGCACCCGGACAACAGCUCCCUUUGCUAUUCUGGAGGGCUAUGAAGUCCAUCACAGUGGACAUGAACAACCAGCGCCUGUGAUACCUCCUUCCGCAGCACCCGCCAACCAACCAUCAAACUGGCCCGCUGAUCAUCAUCGAACUCCCGCAUAUCGUCCUAUCAACCGAAACCUGGAUCAGAGCCAGCGGCCACCGGGCGCAAAUAACCUAGAACGAGGUAUCAUUACAGUCAUGCUACACGGUGUCUGGCUCAACGCAGUCGUAUCUCGAGUUUGGCGCUUUACGGGAGGAAGAGUAAAUGAUCGGGUUUUCCAUUACGAGAUUGGUGGUGAAUGGUAG